AUGGAGGAUUCCCACGUCGGGAGGAAUAUGAGGAGCGCCUGCGUUUUUGCGGCCGCUCGUUUGGGGUUCUUGAACGAGUACUUGCCCGAGGACCGGGAUCCCGUGCAUGCAUGGCCCGUCAUCAUAUUUGUUUCCUUCCUCGCUCUCACAGGUAUCUUAGAUAUCGGUACUCAUUGUCCUACCCUUGCUCCUCUUCGUAGUUUGACGAUUUCAAUUCUCUUUUUAAAUUCGGACGGAAGCAGAUCCUGAAUGGCAGUGAAGAUUGUUUGAGAAUGAGUCCAGUCUGAGAAGUUUGAACCGUAAACUACAAACUGAGUUCUCAAUGUCUAUUUUAGCAAAUUUAGAUUGUUAUAAGAUCGUUUCCUGUGUUCUAGUGCUUAAUUUAUUUAUAAUCGACGUGGAUCUCUCACUUCCGUCACCAUGCAGAAUAAGAAAUUUAUAUAAUGGAAAAUGUAGACGAAAGAGUGAUAGAAGACCAAUAUCUAGAUCCUGUGACUUGUUUUAUGUGGUUUUGAGCAUCACAACUAUACAUGCCUUAUUUCUUAUUCUGAUAUUUUCCCUUAAAAUGUCAGCGUACUCUUCUUCAUAUUGAGACCCAAUUGUGAACCGUCAAUAUCACUCUUCUUCACAAGACUGGGAUUAUGCUAUCAAAUUAUGAUCCGCUGUUUGUAUUCUUUGUUUUAGUGGAGCCUCUAGAUAACGAUAUAAAAUUUAUUCGAGAAAAACAAACUUCACCUAAUUGUGUUAAUUUCUUAUUCUAGAAAAUUAAGACCCACUUCUGUUUCUGUGUUUGAGUCUGGUUACCUUGGUUUCUAACCUACCAUCCGUCAUAUAUACAGUACUCUCCCCACCGCUCAACCCCCAGUUCAAUGAUUCGUGACAUUAUGAACUAUAUCUCCCACUGGGGACGUACAGUUACCUCCACAAGAUAAAGAGACAAAUAAAUCUGCAGAAAUAGAAUGAACUGCAAUGAUAGAGACAAUUAAAUCUGUAGAACUAUAUCUCGCAGUUCUUUAAUGUCUGAUUCAUUUUUUCAAUGAAUAAAUUCAUGCAGCAUUAUUUUUAGGCGCUGAAAAUCAAAGUCCCAGGGAACUGCCUAAGAAGGUGUACAUACAUCCUCCCACAGCUUCUCACAUCCGACUUCCAGAUGGAAGGAACUUGGCAUAUAGUCAGCAGGGUGUUCCGGCCGAAAGGGCUAGAUUUUCUAUGAUUUCUCCACAUUCUUUUCUUUCUUCCAGACUUGCGGGUAAGACGUUUUCGCAAUCACAGCUGAUUGAUUCAAACUUGAGAUGUUUUUAACUGAAAUAUGUUAUGAAACAGGAAUUCCUGGCGUCAAAGAAUCACUGUUGGAAGAGUUUGGUGUCCAUUUGGUGACUUAUGAUCUUCCUGGCUUUGGUGAGAGCGAUCCACAUCCCAGUAGAAAUCUCAACUCCACAGCCAUGGAUAUGCUGGGUCUGGCAAAUGCUGUGGGGAUUCCGGAAAAGUUCUGGGUAGUGGCUCAUUCAAGUGGAGGAAUGCAUGCAUGGGCCGCCCUUCGAUAUAUUCCCAGCAAAGUUGCAGGCAUGUCUUUUAAUACAUGACUCCUUUUCAGCACAUUUUGAAUCAUAUUUAAAGACUUUUUAAGUUUGUUUUUUCUAAAAUGAGGAAAAGGCAUAUCUUCUUGAGGCAUAUGGAUACCAGUUCCUUUGGCACUCGUAUAGAAAGUUUCAUCUCCGUUUCUGAUUAACACACACGUGUGCACACGCACAACUUUUUCUUUGGUUGACUGGAAAGAUUAAAACGGUGGUAGAGUGGGCAGUUCAAAUGUAGGUAUGAGAGUACAUUUGGUUGUUUCCUGGGGAUUCAAGCAUGGAAUUCUUUGGCAUCUCUGGACUUUCGAAUCUUCCUGUAUUUAUCAAAGGCCUGCCUACUGAUUGUACCAUUACAUAUUAGAAGGAAGUCUGCUAAGACAGGAACUAAUGAUAGUUAUACAGAUGUCAGUUGAAUUCUUGUUUUUUUGGUCGUCGUGUUUGAUUCCUGAAAUCAAAUACUUUUCCGAAAAUUUUAAUAGUUUUUUUGGUUUUUCAGCUACUACGGUCUGAAGGCGUUGCUCUGUUCAAAUGCAGAUUUCAAGUCGCUAGUAGUGUCUAGGUUUACUUUCUCUCCAAGUUUAACUUAUCCCCACAUUAAUCUUCUGCUUUCAUUUGGAAACCUGUAGGAACCUAGAAAUAAGAAUAAGAUUCAACUUUGAGGUUUUAAGAUUAAGCAUUAUUUUUCUUUCUCAUUCGCUAUAAUCUUGCCAAUCGUAUUUUUGGUUUGUCACGGUGAGGAAACUGUUUCCUUGACAUUUGGAGGGCUGACCGAUUCCUUUAACCUUUUGUAAUGUUGGUUUAUCAAACUGAAAUUAUUUUUCUGCAAGAAUCUUGUUUAAUAGCAGUUCUUUCGCCAGAUAUAACGUGUGUAUGGACAUUGUGAUUUAUUUGUAGUUGCAGAUGCUUGUGAAGGUCAUUUUUUUCCUUUAACCCCUGGAGCAAUGAUCAUGGCGUGGUAAAAUAAUGAUAUAGACUUUUAUUAUUGCCAUAUGAUUAAAAAAUAGAUUCCAAUUUGAAAUACAUUUUUUAAAUGUUAAUUCGGGAAAAUAUCCAUAGUGACCUAUUUGAUCUGUGGCUGUUGCAUAUUUCGUUUUGUUUCUAAUUCACAAAUCUCGAAAUUUCAGGUGCGGUCAUGUUUGCUCCCAUGGUUAAUCCAUAUGACGCAAGCAUGACGAAAGAAGAGAAACAAAAAACCUGGGAGAAGUGGAGCUCAAAAAGAAAGUUUUUGUACAUUUUAGCUCGGAAGUUUCCUUCCUUUCUUCCCUAUUUUUACUCUAAAAGCUUCUUGUCUGGAGAGCAUGGAGAACCUGAAAACUUGUUAUUCUUGUCCUUGUCAAAGAAGGUAUUUACAAGAUAAUUUUCAUCUUUAUUUUGCAUCAAAUCAUAUACCACCCGUCAUCAUCCCAUUAUCGAGCUAGCAGUGAAUUUUUUUUUAUAAUUCGGAGUCUGUUGUUGGUACCAGUGGUGGCUCGUAAGGGAAUUUGUUGCAGCCAAAACAUCUUUUUUGUGCUCACAUAGUUAUUAGGCAUUCGUCGUUCAGCUUCUAUCAUGAUAAAAUCGUCAUCGUUCAGCUUCUGUCAUGUUUUGUCCGUUGAAUAUAGGCUUUGGUGUUGGGUCCAAAAGCCGCUUACAGCAGGGAUGUGUGCCAAAUAACCCCGUAGCACAUAAAACAAUGGAACUAGGACACUUUGAACGACGUGGGCCAUAUGAACGUCAGUUCAAUGGCUGAAAUAAAUGAGUUGAACGAUCCAAGUAGAUUCUUUCCUGGCUUUUCUCGGCUUUCUUGCCUUUUUGAUCUGUUGCUCUGAUGUUCUCAAAAUCUCACAAGGAGGCAUCUUGUUGCUUCUCGGUUUCUUCCCCUGGAAGCUUUUCUCUGAGAGUUGUGUUGUUGUUCCUACUCUUCAUCUAAACGCUAUUCCAUGCCUGUGCUAUCCUAUUGUAUGAUGUUCCUGUAAUGGGAUGACCUCUUACAUGAUGCAAUGCUCUUCUUAAGAAAAACAUAGAACUAGACAUUCCUGAUUAUUAGGUUGCCAUAACAGGAUAAAGCUUUGAUGGGCAAGCCUUCUUUCAAAGAAUUCUGGGAGAGGAAUAUGGAGGAAUCAGUUCGGCAAGGGGAUUCAAAGCCAUUUGUGGAAGAGGCGAUUCUACAAGUGUCGAGUUGGGGCUUCAAUUUGGCUGAGCUACAGGCGCCAAAAAACCCUGAAGGGGAAGGCCUCCUAAAUUGGCUGAAAUCUUUCUACUCCCUCACUGAAAGGGAAUGGACAGGGUUUACGGGACCCAUACAUAUUUGGCAGGUGCGUAUUCACUGCCACUCUCUGACUCUACUUUGUUCUUACUGUUGUGGCAACACACGCUUCUCAUGCUCGCCAAAACAUUAUUAAUCGCCCCCACCUUUUAUGCAUAUUUCUCCUUGUCAAAGAGAAUUAUCUCUCUCUCCUCUAUUUCUCUCUGCAUUAUCUUACUAUAACGGAGUGUAUAUUUUUCUCCUUUUUUUCCUCUGUGGGGAGGUUCCAACCUCAUAUCAAUGAUCCACUUCACCAUAUCAUUUCCCAAAAGUCGAAAAAGGGCAAAGGUCUUACUGUUCAUGGAGUCUGACACGCUUUCUUCUCCCAUCCGCAUUGCAGGGGUCGGACGAUCGAGUUGUGCCGCCGUCGACUACCGACUUUGUGCGGCGCGUCCUGCCGGCAGCAACGGUGCAUAAACUCCCCGGUGAAGGCCAUUUUUCUUACUUUUGCUUCUGCGAUGAAUGCCACAGGCAUAUCUUCUCCACUAUUCUGGGCACCCCUCGAGGUCCUCUUGACACCAUGGCUGAGGAUCAAACAGCAUCCGACGCCCCCACUGAGGAAAUAACCGGCUCCCAUCAUUCGGGAGUCAUAUGA